ACUCUGCAACUAGGUCUUAAAUGUAGAGUAACUAUAGCAAAUGGAAGAAAUGGUGACAUAAAAGAGCUGAACACAAGAUUUCAAAGGGUGGCUCGAGAACACAAAAUAAAGUAUUAUAAUGAAAUGUGCAAAGAUCUGGAGUUAGAAAAGAAAAUACUGGUCAUUUCUAAAGCUGAAGGAAAAAUUCAAGCCUUGAGUUGCAAUUUUGAAGGACUUUAUAGGCAAAAUAUUGAAUGACACUGGAAGCAUCAAAAGAAGGUGGAAGGAAUACACAGUCACUCUACUAAAAAGAAUUGGUCGACAUUCAACCAUUUCAGGAGGUAGCAUAUGAUCAGGGACUGAUGGUAUUAAAGCAAGAAGUCCAAGCUUCACUGAAGGCAUUGGCAAAACCAAGACUCCAGGAAUUGAAGGAACACCAAUGGAGAUGUUUUAACAAACAGAUGCAAUGCUGGAAGUGCUCACUUGUCCAUGCCCAAAAAUUUGGAAUACAGCUACCUGGUCAACCAAGUGGAUGAAAUCCAUGUCUGUUCCCAUUCCAAAGAAAGGCAAUCCAAUAGAAGGUGGAAAUUAUUGAACAAUAUCAUUAAUAUCACAUGCAAGUCAUUCCAAAGCAGUUGCAGCAGUACACCAGCAAGGAACUGCCAGAAAUUCAAGCCAAAUUCAGAAGAGGACAUGGAAUUAGGGGUAUCACUGCUGAUGUCAGAUGGAUCUUGGCUGAAAGCAGAGAAUGCCAGAAAGAUGUUUACCUGUAUUUUAUUGACUAUGGAAAGUCAUUUGUCUGUGUGGAUCAUAACAAAUUAUGGAUAACAUUGGGAAGACGGGGAAUUGCAGAAAACUUAAUUGUGCUCAUGAGGAACCUGAAUGUAAACCAAGAGUGAGUCAUCUGAACAGAGUAAGGGGAUACUCUGUGGUUUGAAAUCAAGAUAGGUGUGCGUCAGGGUUGUAUCCUUUCACCGUACUUACUCAAUCUGUAUCCUGAGCAAAUAACCCAAGAGUGGACUAUAUGAAGAAGAACCAGCCAUCAAGACUGGAGGAAGACCCAUUAUCAACUGCUAUAUGCAGAUGACACUACUUUCCUUGCUGAAAGCAAAGAGGACUCGAAGCAGUUACUGAUGGAGAUCAAAGACUACAGCCUUCCUUAUGCAUUAACAUCUCAACGUAAAGAAAACAAAAAUCCUCACAACUGGACCAAUAAACGACAUCAUAAUAAAUGAAAAGAAAUAUUGAAAUUCUCAAGGAUUUCAUUUUACUUGGAACCACAGCCAACACCCAUGGAAGCAGCAGUCAAGAAAUCAAACGGCAUAUUGCAUUGGACAAAUCUGCUGCAAAAGACCUCUUUAAAGUGUUGAGAAGUAAAGAUGUUACAUUGAGGACUAAGGUACGCCUGACCCAAGCCAUGAUACUUUCAGUUGCUUCAUAUGUAUGCAAAAGCUGGACAAUGAAUAAGGAAGACCAAAGAAGAAUUGAUGCCUUUGAAUUAUGCUGUUGGCAAAGAAUAUUGAAUAUACUAUGGACUGCCAAAAAAAGCAAAAACUCCAUCUCGAAAGAAGUACAGCCAGAGUGCUCCUUGCAAGUAACGAUGGCACGACUUCAUCUCCCUUGCUUUGAACAUGUUAUCAGAAGGGAUCAGUCCCUGGAGAAGGACAUCAUGCUUUGUAAGGCAGAGCAUCAGUGAAAAAGAGAAAGACCCUCAGUGAGAUGGAUGGGCACAGUAGAUGCAACAAUGGGCUCAAACAUAGCUAUGAUUAGUUGCUCAAAUUCAAAAUAAGGAGGACAUUUCCAUUUUGGACAAAUGCAACUUCUCAGUUCUUCCUGAACCAGGUGUUCCUGUUCCCUCCUGUCUUAAAAAAUGUAACUUCCUUCAUAGAUAAUUCUUAGGUCAUCAGGAUCUGUAUGUUCAAACAUAAAAAGCAAAAAACCUUUUAAUGUCAGUGGAUAAACAGUUCCUCCUUUCCGCAUAGUUCAAAGAGUGGAGCCACCAAACCACUAGGAGAAGGAGGAAGUUACAAGAUGUUAAAUACUGGGACCAGCUCACCCUGGUUAGCUGAGCCAUCUGACUUCCCAGUCAACAUGAAGGCUCUCCUUAUUCUGGGGCUUCUCUUCCUUUGUGGCACUGUCCACGGUAAGGUCUUUAAAAGGUGCGAGUUGGCCCGAACUCUGAAGCGACAUGGACUGGAUGGCUACAGGGGAAUCAGCCUGGCAAACUGGGUGUGUUUGGCCAAACAUGAGAGUAAUUACAAGACCCGAACUACAAACUAUAAUCCUGGAGACAAAAGCACUGAUUACGGGAUUUUUCAGAUCAAUAGCCGCUACUGGUGUAAUGAUGGCAAAACCCCAAACGCAGUUAAUGCCUGUGGCAUAUCUUGCUACGAUUUACUGCAAGGUGAUAUCACUCAAGCUGUAGCUUGUGCAAAGAGAGUUGUCAGGGAUCCACAAGGCAUUAAAGCAUGGGUAGCAUGGAGAAAACAUUGUCAGAACCGUGAUCUCACUCAGUAUGUUCGAGGCUGUGGGGUUUAACUGCAGAGUUUUCGUUCUUCAGCUCGCUUUUGUCUCUUUUCAUAUUAAGGCAGUAGUAAAUAAGUAAAAGGUCACACUACUUUUCUUUCCCUUUCAAACAAGGAACUUUUUUUACAGAAGCAGGAGCAAAAUAUUGCCUUUCUCCUAAGGCUUAGUGAUUAAUAACAUGUACUAUUUGAUUAUGGGUAUUUGACUUUACACCUACAGCAUUUUUCAGUUUGCGUCAAAGAACUAAUGCUGGUAGAAAUGAAUCUAAAGCCUUGGUUAGAAAUACAUCUCCGAUAUAUUCAGUUCGUUAACAAAGAAAUAACCCCGACUUAAACUGGAUAAUACAGUUAGUCCACAAUAUUAGAUAAAAAUGUAAUAGAAGAUCUCUCAAAAUAAACUGACCUCAGGCAGAAUCCCAACUGCGUAGGCAUACAAUGCCUCCAACUGUUCAGUCAUCUCCAAAUGAGACAGCCACUCUUUGUUGGACAAUCUCAAAUUUAAAAAGGUACAGAACGCCAAAUGGCUAAAGUGGAGAUUGCCUGAAUGAAUAAUUUUGUUUUCAUGAAGUGUGUGACCUUUGGUUGAAAUUUUUUCUGAAAAAUAUUGCUUUUAUGCAGCUUUACAAAUAGACUCACAAUUUCAAUCUAUUUUAGUCCUUUAAAAACCUGUCCUAUCUUGAGCUGUAAACUUCCACUUAAAGCACAAUAAAAAAAAAAAAUUUAA